UCAAAGUCAAAUGUCAAUUCAAAAUUCAAUUUAGAUUUUUGAUGAUGUUGUAAAUGUAAAUCAUUUUUGAUUUAAAUUUUAUGUUGUGUUUACUGUAAUCUAUUGAAUUUUUUGAAAUGAGUUGCUUAAGUGAUAUAUCACGGUCUAGUGAAUAUUUGAGUUUUAGAAGUAGCAUACCACUGCGGAAAAUAGUUGUGGACUCAGAUGGUUCCAAGGCAUGGCGAAUAUUUGACAGUGGCCCAAAGUCAGUGAGUUGCCCUCUAGUAUGUCUGACCCCAGUUUCAGGCACAGCUGACAUAUUUUUCAAGCAAAUAAUGGGUCUCACCACCCGAGGCAUCAGGGUGAUAGCAGCUGAACCCCCUCCAUAUUGGAAUCUGAAGGAGUGGUGUGAUGGGUUUAAGAGGUUGAUUGAUUACUUGGAAUUGGAUAAGAUACAUAUUUUUGGAGCUUCUUUGGGUGGAUUUAUAGCACAGAAGUUCACAGAAACAACAAUAAACUGUCCGCGAGUCGCUUCUCUGGUGCUAUGCAACACAUUCACGGACACAACUGUGUUUGAGUAUAAUGAUUCGUCUGCACUAUUCUGGCUCUUACCUUCCCUUGUGCUGAAGAGAAUGUUAAUGGGGAACUUUACAACUGACAAAGUGGACAAAAGAAUGGCAGAAUCAAUCGAUUUUAUGGUUGAAAGGCUAGAAUCACUUACUCAAUCGGAACUAGCUUCAAGAUUAACCCUAAACUGCACACCUAACUACGUUCAACCACAAUUACUCUUGCACUUACCGAUCACAAUAAUGGAUGUAUGGGACGAGAGUGCACUGAGCUCCGGAGUACGUGAAGACUUGUACAAGUCGUAUCCUCAAGCCAAGCUGGCACACUUGAAGAGUGGGGGUAACUUCCCCUAUCUCAGUCGAAGCGAUGAGGUCAAUUUGCAUUUGUUGAUACAUCUACGGCAGUUUGAUGGAACUGAACUGUCUCCGUCUUACUUGAAUCUUCACAAACUGGCUGCACCGAGUAAUCAGGCAGAGGAAGGUACUGUUAGCUACUUCAAUGAAAGGGAUAAGUUUGUCAAGAUAUCGUAAAAGCAAAUAUUAGGCAUGUUUUCACCACUUUCUGACAACUGUCUGAUAGGUUAUUUACAGGUUUUGUCUGCCUUAUUUGUUAGACUAUCUGGCAUUUAUCAUAAGGUGGUGAAACAACUUUUAAAGUGUUUUUCAGAUAGCUUGGGUACGGUGAAUCGGUUAUAGUGAAUCGCGGCAAACUUUCAAGAGUGAAUCGAACUGUCACCCGCACCAUCAACAUAGUCAGUUUGCCACGCAACUCUGUAGAUUUCUCUACACCCAAUGGCGUUUUCCAGGGGCUAGGCGGUGCAAUGUCCAGUGGCCCUCCAGCGGGGGGGGUCCUCGAAUCCUUACCAGAAAAUCGCGAUAGAAUUGAACUUGGAAAAUUUCGAAAACGAAAAGGAUCUGAUGAAUAUGUUUACUUGAAAAAGCCUCACCAGUUUUGAUAGUAGUGGGGCCCCAUAUUUUUAUUUGCACCAGGGCCCUUGGUUACCUAGCUACGCCACUGUACACCAUUAGUUAUGGUGGACUACCACAAUAGGGGGCAUUAUUGCUAUAAUUCUCGGCAAACAUCUUGAACAAUCCAUUAAAAUGCGCAGAAGUCGAUUUGUCGGUCUCUUUGGUGGGGCGAAGGUAACGCGGGGGAAUACACUAUUGGUCGCGCCUGCUAUUGGUCAAUCAGUCCGCCUUGUCCAUUGUCAUAAAGUGUACCUGCGCGAACUUUCCCCCACUACGCCACUUUUUGUUCAAGAUGUUUGCCGAGCUUUAAUUGAUUAGCUGUCUACAAAGAGGUGCAAAGUAGAAACUUCAUUGAGUGAAACAUUCAUGGCUAAUUUCCAAAACCAUUCAAUUUCAAUGAGUUUAGAUUUCAAAAUCCGACCGAAUUAGUGAAAAUAUUACGGCCAUAUUUAUUAUAUACAUGAAUUAUAAUUUAAGCAUCAAUUUACUUAAAAAGUAAAUUGGCGUAAAGUGAGAUUUAAAAUUUAAUUCAGGUUUAUAAUUAUGUCAUAACAAAUACAGCGCAUAAGGCAGUGUCGUGACUAUACUAUCUCAGUCGAAUAUUGAUUUAACAUUUGAUUAUUUUUAAGGCCUCGCAGGCUGGGGGCCCCGUCGAGGGGGGUCUGUGGCGUUUUGCUAGCCUUCCUGGUUACGCCACUGGCUUAAGGUGUUAGUAAUUGAACUGUAUAAACAGCGUAAUCCGAAUUUAUUUUGAUGCUAAUUACAUUAAGUAAUAUUGUUUUAUAUUGUUAGAGACUACAUACUUAGGUACGCCAUUUCAAUCAGCACUACUGCUAUAAAAAAUACUUAAUAACACCCACAUCGGGACCAUGGCUAGUUAAGUUUUUCCACUAAAAUUAGUAGUUAUUAAGUAAAAUAAGUGAACAUUAGACAUAUUAUUUAGCUAGAUUAGCUAGUUAGCUGCUUGUUCAUUCAAUAGUAUUUAACGUGUAUUGUUUCUUAUACUGUCGUCGAGUUUUGUGGUAAUUAACAGUAAAAAUAAUUACAUUUCGCAACACAUAAAUAAAAACAUAUUGACAUCAAUUGGACGAAAUUUAAACGAGGCAGUAAAUACACUCUUGACUGUAAUAUUUUCAAGACUUGCGGUGUCUAGCUAAAUGUAAUGCCGCGGUAAAUAUUUUACAGUAGUAUUUUCAUGAAAUAUUCGAAUAUUGUUUAAUUUUAUUAUAUAAAAAUUAUAAUCCAACAAAUGACUGUGUGAAAUGUAUAGACUGUAUUAUAUUAUGUUGUUAAAUAUAUUUUUUAAUUUUAAGAAUAAACAGAAAAGUAAUUUCAUCAUUAAUAUUAUGUCAAGAUACGAUGCUCCCAACGAUUGAAUAACCAUUGAAAAAAAUCAUAGUUAAUACUUUCAAACAUUUGGUAAUGCAAUACAAUUCUUUUCCAACUACGAUAAUUUAAUGAAAAUCUGAUAAUAAUUAAAACCAAGAGCCACCAUUUUUAAUAGUGUUUUUAUGUUUUAUGUGAUUAAGAUACUAUAACUUAGAUUAAGGAUCUUUUUUUGACGUGACGUUUUAUAAUUCGAUGGAGCCGCCUGCACACUCGAAAAAGAUGACGUCAUGCGUCGUUCCCUCGCUCUAGGGUUGCCAACUUUUUUAACAAGAAAUAAAGUAUAUUCUGGUCUAUGAAGAUAAUUAAGCAGUAUUUUAGAAAAAUGCAACCAUUCCAUCAGUAUUUUCUUAUGACGUUGUCACGUUCAACUAUCGUCAGUAAACCGACUUUACAGAUAACAGAUUUUUUUCCAUAGUUUGUAAUUAAAACAGAACGACGCAUAAAGUCAUCUUUUUAGAGUGUGCAGCUGGCUCCAUCGAAUUAUAAGACGUUGUCACGUCAAUAGUUUUAAGUGGAUAUGUUGUUCCUUUCAUAUAUCAGUGGUUAUGGCAAAUAAUAUAAACAAGCUAAUAUUAAAUGAAUUAGAUUUCAAGGGGCAUUAUUCAAGUGAGUCCUUUUUUAUACAUAUAUCAAUAGUACACAUUUUGUAUAUUAUUAUAAUCAUGAAAUAAAAUAAAUAUUAUGUUAA